GGGGAUAUAGUACAGGCGUUCCACUACAAGAGCUCUUUGAAAACCUGUAUAUUUCUCUUUAACUAAAGUUAAAUCGGAGUUAAACAGAGAUAGAAUUAAGUUAAACAAAGAAAAAUGGAGUUAGGUCUGCUGAUUGAAUGUGCAAGUAAGAGAUUAGUGUGUGUUCAGUUUGUUUAGUGUUUUAGUGCUCAGACAGUGAGAGAUGUCGCCCCGCAGCACAGUGAUGAAGACUCUGAUCUUCUUCACAUUUUCUCUUCAUCUUUCAUCAGCAGUCACACACUCGCUGCAGUAUUUCUACACUGCAGUUACACCUGGAAUAAACUUCCCAGAAUUCACUGCUGUGGGUCAGGUGGAUGGGCAGCAGUUUGGCUGUUAUGACAGUGAAAGGAGAGAAGUCAUAAAGACAGAGUGGAUUCAUUCUGAUCAUCCAGAUCACUGGAACAGAAUCACACGAAUUGCAAAGGAGCAUCAGGAGGCCUACAAAGCCCAUGUGUUUACACAAAUGCAGGUCUUUAAUCAGACUACAGGAGUUCACACAGUGCAGAGGAUGGUUGGAUGUGAGCUUGAUGAUGAUGGGACUGUUAGAGGAUACAGACAGUAUGGUUAUGACGGAGAAGAUUUUCUCAGUUUUGACCCGAAAACUCUCACAUGGACUGCAGCUAAACCACAAGCUGUGAUCACCAAGAACAGGAGGAAUACUGAACCUGGUAACAAUAAUGAGAUGAAGAACUUCCUGGAGAUUGACUGUAUUGAUUGGUUAAAGCAGUAUGUGUCUUACGGCAAAGAGACUCUGGAGAGGAAAGUUCGUCCUACAGUGUCAAUGUUCCAGAAACACUCGCCUUCUCCAGAGGUGGUGUGUCACACUACAGGUUUUUUCCCCAAAGAGGUGAUGAUCUUUUGGAGGAAGGAUGGAGAGGAGGUGCAUGAGGACGUGGAGCUCAGAGAGACGUUACCCAACCAGGAUGGAAGCUUCCAGAAGAGAAGCUUUCUGAAAGUCCCAGCUGAGGAGCUGCAGAAACACACCUACACCUGUGUGAUUCAGCACAGCAGCUUGGAGAAGGAGUUAGUGCUAGAAGUACCAAAAGGUGGAGGAUCGAUGGUUAUCAUCAUUGGUGUAGUUGUGGCUCUCAUUGUUCUCGUUGUUGCUGGAUUUAUGUUCUGGAAGAAGAAGAACUCUGGUGAGAGGAGGAAGGAGGCAGAUGUGAAGUUUUCACAGAACAGAUUUACACUUUCUAAUUCUUGAAGGAGAUUUGAUGAAGAUUUUACUUGUUUUUAAUCUGAACUGAUAAACUGAUAAAUAACUGUCUGUCCAUCAUCUGUGUUUCAGGCUUCAAACGUGCUCCAGCCUCUGAAGAGUCUUCCUCCACCAAUUCUUAAUGCGUGACUGUGUGUCUUCCUGCUGAAGUGAGAGAGUAAGACAUGAUGAUGUUUACAGUGUCAUAUGGAAGAAAAAUCUGUGUGUGGACUGAAACUCCAGCAGAAAAGACUGAGCUCACAUUAUAUCUCAGCUCAGAGCUGAUCCUGUUUCUUUCUCUCUGUUUUUCUAGGAGACACCAGUGCCCCUUUUCCACCAAAAUCAACCGGGUGCUGGUUCAGAGCUAGUGCUGGUGCUGGUUCAAAGAUGGUUCCACUGGCGAACCUUCUAAGAACCGGUUUGCCUUUCCAUCGGCUAGAGAGCCGUCACAGAGCCCAGUCUGACAUCACUGUAUACGUGUUACGUCCCAGCAAUGUUAGUGCAGCAGCAGCAAACACAACAUCAUCAGUGGUGGAUGUUGCUUUACUGUUAAUGCUCAUGGCUUUGUGAACCUACAUUAAUGUCCAAACGCGGCAAUCCAACGUGUACAUGCAGCUCCAUGUAAUCUGUAUAAACGGAGGUUGUAAUUGAGAAAGUACAUACAGUAUUGUUCAAAAUAAUAGCAGUACAAUCUGACUAACCAGAAUAAUCCAGGUUAAUCCAUUUUUUUAUUGCUACGUGGCAAACAAGUUACCAGUAGGUGCAGUAGAUUCUCGGAAAACAAACAAGACCCAGCAUUCAUGAUAUGCACGCUCUUAAGGCUGUGCAAUUAGGCAAUUAGUUGAAAGGGGUGUGUUUAAAAAAAAGCAGUGUCUGCCGUUGACUGUACAACUCAAAACUAUUUUGUACAAACAUUUUUGUUUCUAGGAUUUAGCAAUCCUGUGAAUCACUAAAUUAAUAUUUAGUUGUAUGGCCAAAGUUUUUUAAAACUGCUUCACAUCUGUUUGGCAUGGAGUCAACCAACUUGUGGCACCUCUCAGCUGUUAUUCCACUCCAUGAUUUUUUAACAACAUUCCACAAUUCAUUUACAUUUCUUGGUUUUGCUUCAGAAACAACAUUUUUGAUAUCACCCCACAAGUUCUCGAUUGGAUUAAGGUCUGGGGAUUGGGCUGGCCACUCCAUAACAUUUAAUUUUGUUGGUUUGGAACCAAGACUUUGCUCGUUUACUAGUGUGUUUGGGGUCAUUGUCUUGUUGAAAUAACCAUUGUCUUGUUGAAACAACCGUUUCAAGGCUAUGUCCUCUUCAGUAUAAAGCAACAUGACCUCUUCAAGUAUUCUAACGUAUGCAAACUGAUCCAUGAUCCCUGGUAUGUGAUAAAUAGGCCCAACACCAUAGUAGGAGAAACAUGCCCAUAUCAUGAUGCUUGUACCACCAUGCUUCACUGUCUUCACUGUGUACUGUGGCUUGAAUUCAGAGUUUGGGGGUCGUCUCACAAACUGUCUGUGGCCCUUGGACCCAAAAAGAACAGUUUUACUCUGAUCAGUCCACAAAAUGUUCCAUUAUUUCUCUUUAGGCCAGUUGAUGUGUUCCUUGGCAAAUUGAAACCUCUUCUGCACGUCUUUUUUUUUUAACAGAGGGACUUUGCCGGGGAUUCUUGAAAAUAGAUUAGCUUUGCACAGACGUCUUCUCUUCUGUCACAGUACUUACAGGUAACUCCAGACUGUUUUUGAUCCUCCUGGAGCUGAUCAUUGGCUGAGCCUUUGCCAUUCUGGUUAUCCAUUUUGAUGGUUUUCUUCCAUUUUCUUCCAUGUGUCUCUGGUUUUGCUCUCCAUUUUAAGGCAUUGGAGAUAAUUUUAUCUUCACAGCCGAUAAUUUUUUGCACCUCUUUAUAGGUUUUCCCCUCUAAAAAUCAACUUUUUAAUCAAAGUACGCUGUUCUUCUGAACAAUGUCUUGAACAACCCAUUUUCCUCAGGCUUUCAAAUGCAUGUUCAACAAGUGCUGGCUUCAUCCUUAAAUAUCUUCAUCCUUCCACCUGAUUCACACCUGUUUUUUCACAAAAUUGAUGACCUCAGUGAUUGAAAGCCACUCUGCUAUUUUUUUAACACACCCCUUUCAACUAAUUGAACAAUUGCACAGCCUUAAGAGCGUGCAUAUCAUAAAUGCAGGGUCUUGUUUGUUUUCUGAGCAUCUACUGCACCUUCUGGUAACUUGUUUGCAAUGUAGCAAUAAAAAAUAUACUAAAAAACUGGAUUAUUCUGGUUAGUCACAUUGUACUGCUAUUAUUUUGAAAAAUACUGUAACAUUAUUUUAUCAUUAACACAAAAAAAGUUAGCUCUAACCUAAAGUUAGCCCAUGUAGCUACUUACUAUCAAGUGUGCUGAUAACGUAUCAUAUUGUGGUAAAGUAAAAGUGUAUUAAACAUUAGUAUACUUAAGGUACAUUAUCAAAUGCGCUAACAGUAGCCCCGCCUACAGCCCCUGAUGCAAGCGGUUCUUAAGUGUAGACCAGCAGCGUUUUGGUGCUACUUAAGAACCACUUUUCCUGGUUCAGAGCCGGUGCUUUGGCUUUCGAAAAAGAAAGAACUGGUUCUAAAUUAGGCUCCAAACCAGCACUCAAACUGCCUCGGUGGAAAAGGGCACAGAAGAUGGAGAUGAGGACCACACACUCACAUACACACACACUCUGUUACACUGAGGGUGAUGUUGGCGAUAUUUCAGCUGGUAUCCAGCUCUUCUCUGUGUGUAUUGUGUGCUCCAGACUUCAUUCUGUUGUUCUAUUCAUUAGUAAAUCUGGUUUUAAACUUUACUUAUCUUCACACUCAGCUCCAUCUGUCACUUCUCUUUAGAAUACGUUUUUUCUGUGUAUAGUCUAUAUGCUUGUACAUAACUCUUAUCUAAACAGGUAAUCUUGUCUAACGAGCAGCUAUUGACCAUGAUUGUGUCUAGAGUUUCGGAUUAAACUUUACAUUAACAACAAAACUUUAACAAAAAGGUUAUUUUUAAUAUUUUCAUGCAGUGUUACUAAAUGUAAAUUUUACUAAUGUUGAUAGAAUUUUUACUGCCAGAAACACAUUUUGUGAUCAAAUCCAUGUUCCUGAAGUGGUGCAAUUUUCUAGUGAAAUGUGAAUAAAAAUUAAUAAAGAAA